UAGUUAGAUUUGGUAGAAGUAUUGUUAUUUAUAAAGAUUGGAUGAGAGGUUGUUUUUCACUUUAUAAAUACCCACCUCUUAGCCCAAACUUGCUUCCAUUUUCUUCAUCUCUGUACUAGUUAGACUUGUAGGAGAAAUCCCAAAGGAAAAGAUCCUCACUUUCUCUACACAUUAACUGCUAUCUACAGCUAGCCCCUAGUUACUUUGUUUUAUUUCCUCCCAAGCUAGCUAGGCUGCAGCUAUGGAAUAUCAAAAUGAAUCCCUUGAGAGCUCCCCCCUGAGGAAGCUGGGAAGGGGAAAGGUGGAGAUCAAGCGGAUCGAGAACACCACCAAUCGCCAAGUCACUUUCUGCAAAAGGCGCAGUGGUUUGCUCAAGAAAGCCUACGAAUUAUCUGUUCUUUGCGAUGCUGAGGUUGCACUCAUCGUCUUCUCUAGCCGCGGUCGCCUUUAUGAGUACUCUAACGAUAGUGUCAAAUCAACAAUUGAGAGGUACAAAAAGGCUUCUGCAGAUUCUUCAAACACUGGGUCUGUUUCUGAAGCCAAUGCUCAGUACUACCAGCAAGAAGCUGCCAAGCUGCGUUCCCAAAUUGGUAAUUUGCAGAAUUCAAACAGGCAUAUGCUGGGUGAAGCGCUUAGUUCAUUGAGUGUGAAGGAACUUAAGAGUUUGGAAAUACGACUUGAGAAAGGAAUAAGCAGAAUUCGAUCCAAAAAGAAUGAGCUGUUGUUUGCAGAAAUCGAGUAUAUGCAGAAGAGGGAGGUUGACUUGCACAACAAUAACCAGCUUCUCCGAGCAAAGAUUUCAGAAAAUGAAAGAAAGCGACAGAGCAUGAAUUUGAUGCCAGGAGGAGCAGACUUUGAGAUCGUGCAGUCUCAACCAUAUGACUCUCGGAACUAUUCUCAAGUGAAUGGAUUGCAGCCUGCAAGUCAUUACUCACAUCAAGAUCAGAUGGCCCUUCAGUUAGUUUAAUAAUCUCCAAGUGCAGCAGUUUCUCGCAUUUCCAUAUUCCAUGGAGAGUACCUGGGUUUCCAUUGAGCGCAAAAGCUACAUGUAUGCUAAAAAACCUGAAGUAGCGUAAAUCAUAUUUGUCUGGGUGGGAGGGCCUAGUACUCUUCCUCUAUGUAUUAACUAUCCUGUCCCAGUUAAGACAUAAGAAAUGUCAGAGAAGGAUUUCUUUUCUGUAUGUUUCAUGAAGGCAUUAAGAUGCUGUUACAGUUGUGACUAACUUAUUAUAUAUGUCUUACUGCUUCAUCUUGUGAUA